AUCACGGCAGUCGAACACGCCUGUCUGUUGGAAGAACAUGUGACUCUUAUGACGUGAUCAAAACAAAUCCAAUGAUCGGCGCUCGAUUUUUGCAGCCGCUGAUGUUUGUAGGAAGUCAUGUGAGCCGGGAUAUAUGGCGGCUUCUGAUCGUUGUUUGCCUUGAUAAACAUUGCGAUGCGCUACUGUCAUCUUUCUCUGGGAAAUAUCACGAGGAAUUUUGCUCUCUACUGGUCGUUAACUCUGCUUUCAAAGGUCAGGCUUGACGAUUUCUAGGACUGAUCUGUGUGAAAUAGUUGAGCAAGAUGAACACAGAAAAGGAUUUUACUCCUUUGACUCCAAACAUUGUGCGAGCACUCAACGACAAGUUGUACGAGAAGAGGAAGGUGGCAGCUCUUGAAAUCGAAAAGCUCGUGCGAGAAUUUGUCGCCCAGAACAACUCUGCACAGAUCCGACAUAUCAUCCAGAUUUUGGCCUCAGAGUUUGCACUCUCCCAGCACCCUCACAGCAGGAAGGGGGGUCUCAUCGGUUUGGCUGCGUGCUCUAUUGCCCUGGGAAAAGAUUCCGGACUGUACCUAAAAGAACUCAUUGAUCCGGUCCUUACUUGCUUCAAUGACUCCGACAGCCGUCUGCGGUAUUACGCGUGCGAGGCCCUUUAUAAUAUAGUGAAGGUUGCGAGGGGGGCAGUGCUGCCUCAUUUCAAUGUGCUGUUCGAUGGACUCAGCAAGCUUGCUGCAGAUCCAGAUCCUAAUGUCAAGAGUGGAUCUGAGCUCCUGGACCGGCUUCUUAAGGAUAUCGUAACUGAGAGUAACAAAUUUGACCUAGUGGCUUUUGUUCCCUUGUUGCGUGAGAGGAUUUACUCCAACAACCAGUACGCCCGCCAGUUCAUCAUCUCCUGGAUCCACGUGUUGGAGUCCGUUCCUGAUAUCAACCUCCUGGACUAUUUGCCUGAAAUUCUGGAUGGACUCUUUCAGAUCCUUGGAGACAGCAGCAAAGAGAUCAGACGAAUGUGUGAAAUGGUUUUGGGGGAAUUCCUAAAAGAAAUUAAGAAGAAUCCGUCCAGUGUCAAGUUCGCAGAAAUGGCCAACAUUUUGGUUAUCCAUUGUCAAGUUUCUGAUGAAUCCAAAUCCACGAAUGAUCUCAUACAGUUGACUGCUAUGACAUGGAUGAGGGAAUUCAUCCAGCUUGCAGGGAGAGUGGUUCUGCCUUAUUCCUCUGGAAUACUGACAGCCGUGUUGCCGUGCCUUUCCUACGAUGACCGUAAAAAGAGUACGAAAGAGGUCGCCAGCGCAUGCAAUCAUAGCCUGAUGAAGCUUGUGACACCUGAGGAUGAUGAAGAUGAUGAAGAUACACAGACCAAAUCUUCUCCUCCUAGCGAUGAGGCACCAGCUAAAAAAGAGGGAGAUCUCAAUGAUUCCCUAAAUGAAUCGCAGGAGUCGGUUGGCUUCAGCAACAUCUCGUUCUUCACACCAACAACUUCUGACAGGUCUGCAGUAACUCUAGAUCUGGAUGGCAUAGUGCAGGUGCUGGACAGACAUUUACAAGAUUCGUCCACUGGGAUGAUGACGCGCAUUGCUGUGUUGAAGUGGCUUUAUCAUCUUUACAUCAAGACCCCUUGCAAGAUGUUCAAGCACACCGACAGUUUGUUCCCCAUGUUAUUGAAGACGCUAUCAGACGAGUCUGAUGAAGUGAUUUUAAAAGACUUGGAGGUUUUGGCCGAGAUCGCAUCAUCCCCUGCCGGACAGACAGACACCUCCGGAUCAUGCGACAACUCGGAUGCCAAAUCCGAGCUUCAUAUUCCCGGAGGGAUCAGAGAUGGACCACAGAUGGUGGUUGGAUCUAAGAUGGCAGACUUGUCUCCGUCAACCCCAAGCAUGAAUUCAUACUUCUACAAGUUUAUGAUUAAUUUGCUCAAGCGCUUCAGUAUAGAGAGGAAACUUCUAGAAAUGAGGGGGGUGUUUAUUAUCAGGCAGCUGUGUCUCCUCCUGCACGCCGAAAAUAUAUUCCACUCCAUGGCGGACAUCUUGCUAAAGGAGGAAGACCUGAAAUUCGCCUCCACCAUGGUGCAGACGCUUAACACGAUUCUGCUAACCUCUGCUGAACUUUUUCAACUGAGGAAUCAGCUCAAAGACCUGCACACACAGGAAAGCUGUGCUCUAUUCUGUUGCCUCUAUCGCUCUUGGUGUCACAAUCCAGUUGCCACUGUGUCUCUUUGCUUCCUGACCCAGAAUUAUCGUCACGCCUACGACCUCAUCCAGAAAUUCGGAAAUCUUGAGGUGACUGUUGACUUCCUCAUGGAGGUGGAUAAACUUGUGCAGCUCAUUGAAAGCCCCAUUUUCACCUACCUCCGUCUUCAGUUACUGGAUGUAGAGCACAACCCUUAUCUCAUCAAAGCUUUGUAUGGCCUGCUAAUGCUGCUUCCUCAGAGUCAAGCAUUUCAACUUCUGUCACAUCGGCUCAGCUGUGUUCCAAACCCUGAACUGAUGAGGACUGUAGAAGACCCAAAAGCACCUGUCAAAGACAAACGCACAGCUCAGCCUCAUCUAGAGUACAGUGAUCUGCUCCAACACUUUGACCGAGUUCAGAGCAAACACUUGGAAGUGAGACAUCAGAGGGCAGGCCGCUCUGAGUACCCAGACAGGAAGCUGAUGAUGUGAAGGCAGCCACGAGAAAGAUACGUAGUUCUCCGUACAGGCAAAGAGUGGAACCACAACAGGACCUGUAAGGGGCAUCCAUAUGUCAAAUAAAUUUGUUUUUAAAGGAAUUGUAGGCACGAGGGACUUUGUGUCUUAUAAUUUUUAUGAUGCGUUCAGUGCUUUAUGUUCAGGUGCUGGAGAGCUGAUUUAUUACAUGCACUCACUUGUACACAGUUUAUCAUAUCUGUUACAUAUUACAAGCUUACGUCCUCAGUUGACAACACAUUGCAUGACCCCUGCUUAUGACAUGUAAUAUAAAUGUGUCAAUUGUCUCUUUUUUUGCAUUGCAAUAAGCGUAUCUCAUACACAUACCGCAGCCAACACUAUCAAUUCUUAAUAGUAUCUCAGUAUUCCCAUGAGCAACAACUUGUCUCUGUGCCCAUUUUUAGCAUUUCAUCCACAUUUGUUUUUCUACUACAUCACAGAUUUACACUUGGCCUUACUGUACAUGCAAACCUAUGUAAUUUCUUUGUAAUGUAAAAAAAGUUAUAAUAAAGUGGACCAUGUAUUGUA